AUUUUUAUCUUUCUGCUCGUUUUUACGAAUUAAUGCAGCCAGAACUUCUGAAAAGUCUACCACUGGAUGAUCUGCAAUGCUUCGCAAGUUCUUCUGCACUCAUACUGGAAAAAUUGAGCCAAACUCUGGAAAAACUUGUUGAUUGUCAUAUAUUUGAUGAUAAAAAGUGUAUGGAAAUACUCUGGGUUCUUAGAAUGGCAAUUCAUGCUGUUUUGCAUCAUCGAUCGAUUGAAGACAACAUGGGUAUGACACGAUUCAAGCCAGAUAUUGUUGCUUCAUUCACUUGCAUUCGGGAUGGAAUAAAAUUGCGAAUAUCAGAAUUCAGUCAAUUACGCUUGAAAAUUGAUGCAAAUGAAAUGAAGUUCUACAAUGAUCUUCUACAAGUAAGAUGGGCCUACUCCAGUUUUCAAGAUGACUGGAUCUCUAAUAUAAAAAAUAAAAUUGAAGACAAUAUUAAUGAGGAAUGGAGUCAGCCAAAAAAUGGACAAGGCUUUUUGAAUUUUUAUUUUGGCUUGGAAGGUAUUGAGCUGUGUGAGUGCUUGGAUUCCAUCCUAGAGAAAAGGACAGAGCAUUACUCCAAAGAUGUAUUGUAUCAGCAAACUGAUCAUUCUUUCUUUGUCACAUUAUUGCACUAUUUUCGUGAUGGCAAUGACAAAUCAGUAAAAAUGAUUGGAAAAAUUUUUGAGCAAGGAUUUAGUGAAUAUGAGAAAAUUGAUUCAAGUAUCAGAAAGACAGCUUUGGAGUUUUUGUCAAGAUCACCUUUUCCUUUAAGAUUCUUCAAAGUUUUCAAUAUCCAUGAUGUUAAAAUAAUGGGUAGAUUUCGUUCUACACAAUGUGAAUGCGUGGAAAAAGUGGCAAAUGUGAUGAAAUGUAUUCUUGCUGACAUUGAAAAAAAGAUUACACCAAUAACAGUAGAAGAAUUUGAUUUGAUGUUUGAGCAUGAAGAAAGAAUAAUAGAACUACUUGUUCUCUUCAGGGGUAUUAAGACUUCUCAACCUCGGUCUUCUUCGGCACAUGUUGGUGAUAAGAUGAAAGACAUGGAAUUCAGAAUGAUUUUUACAACAUAUAAAAAAACAAUCCAAUUAUACAAUGACAAAGUCAAGUCGUUGUAUUUUUUCAUAAAUUUAUGUAAAUCAUUCAGAAAAGAGAUUAAAGUGGACUGUGUAGGAUUGGAGGAUCUUUGUAAUAGAGAUAGAUCCUCACUAUGUUUGGGAAAACUUCAUAACGAUUUCAUAUCGGAUGAAGAAAUGUCUUGUAUAUCGGAUGUGGCUCAACUUGAGGGAAGUAAAAUACUUUACUCAAAACUUCAACAACUUGGUAAUGUGAUGCUUGGCAAAAAAUCCACUCUAACAAAUAGUGUAUGGAACAUUGAUUGGCGUCAUGUACUGAACAAUAUGUGGCAGAAAACGAGAAAAGAGCUUAGUAAAUUUUGCUCUCAACUUGAUGAAGGAACGAUGAAACAGGAAUGUUUACUUGAUACCUUGGACUUCACUGAUGGAGAUGAGGCAAAGAUAAAGUGUGAACUUCUUGUUCUCUAUAAAUAUUUUGAAGAAGCAGAUUCUGAGAAAAAGUCUACACUUCGAGCAAGACAAAUUGCGUAUCACUUUAAAAUACAAAGGAGCAUGGAGACAAUUCAAUGGAUAUCAGAUUUUCAGAAAAGUCAUAACUUAAAAGGAGACUUCAGUGCCAUUCAUAAAUUUCAGGGAACCUUCCAGGAUGGAUCAGUUGAAGACUUUGAAAAGCUGCGUGCUGUCAUAGAAAUUAACAAAAAACAGUUGGAUGUAUUGAAAGCUUUCAGUAAACAAGCAGAAUUAAUUAAAUGGCUGCAGACAAAAAUGACUGAUGAAUCUGAUGUUAGAGGUCUCUGUAUGGUUGCUAUGGAGUCAACGAGACAUGAACCUAUGUAUGCUGACAAAUGGUUGUUUCUCUCUGAUGGUGUUGCAGGAUUUGAAAAAUUGAUAUUUCAUCUCGAUAAAUUGUCUGGAUUAAAAGGCUUGCUUAGAAGAUGCAAAACCGUUUGGAAAAAUGUUGAAUCUGAUGGUGUUCUACUGAGUAAAUGGGCAGACUCAGGUAAAGACAUUGAAUGGUACAAGGCAAAUGAACAAUGGUAUGGCUCGGAGGAAAAAGCUGUGUUGUGUUAUGCUCAAGAAGUAAACAACCAUGGUGUUUAUACAAUUGGUAAUCUACAAAAAACAAAUUCCAACUUUGCAACAUUGAAAGAAAGCAUCAAACUUGAUUUAUCAGGUCCAUCUGAAACAAAUGGAGACGGUAAUGAUGAAGUUAAUGCUAUCCGGAUGAAUGCUUUUAAAAAAAAUGUGGAUAUUGAUUACUUGCAUGAGGUUGAAUCUAAAUUGAUGUUAAUAUCUGGAGAUGGAACUGAGGGUCAAAAAGAUGUCCUACAAUUUCAACAACUCUUGAAUGCAACAGAAAAUCUCGCGCAGGCUUAUGUGGAUUUGGUUAAUGCAGGAUUCAUGCUAUUUACUGAUUGGAAUGCUAUUAUUAGUUCAAAACCAUCAAAAGAUACGGAUAUGAUGACAGAACACAUACUAGUUUUGAAUAUAACAUUUAAAAAAGUCCAAAAAGUCCAAAAACUUGGUAAAACGGCCAGCAUACAAGACAUUAAUGUUUUGGCUGAUAUUUUAAAGAAUAUAUUGAAAAGAUGGGAUGAUCAUGUAAAAUUGAUGAGAUUGAAACAUUAUUAUUUGAAUGAUUUUAGUAUUCAGCAAAUAAAAUAUUUGUGUCAACAACUUGGAAAAAUGAGACAAUGUGGGUUGGAAGAUCGGACCUAUGUGAUGUUGUCUGAUCUACAACGUCAUGAAAUGACUGGUAUUAUUGGAGAAUCUUUAAAUGAGGCAAUGAAAAUUGAUGAUGCCAACGAGGAAACUAACAAUACUGAGUUAGUGAAUGAUGAAUCAGAGGACAACGUAACAAAGGAAGUUUUCGAAAACCGAGAAAAGCGCAAAGCUGUACGAUUUCUUGUGAAUAGUGAAAAUGUCCCUGAAACACUUGCCAAAGCGGCUGUGCAAGAAGAAGGAUUUGCUGAUUUGAAUGCUUGUUCUAAUUGGAUGUUACUUCAUGAAUAUGAUGAGAAUAUAAUUUUUGAACUCAGUCAAGCUUUUGAUCAAACUUCAGGUUUUGUAUAUGAUCAGAAUGAUAUAAAAGAAGAUCGAUCCAUACUUCAAAGUAGAUCUGCCAAAACUUUGGAAGGUAUAAUUGCAAAGCUUCAAGAAAGUGAACAGCAGAAGAAUGAUAUUCUGGUUUCGAUCAAAACCAUUUGCUUGGGAUAUUUGAACAGCACUAUGACAUUAACGUUGAAAGACUAUCUAAGUGUCAGUCAUCUCGGAAAAUUUCUCACUAUUUUACAUAGUAAGAUGGAUGCACUGCAGGGCCAAGCAGGCAUUACUAUGAGGAAUGCACAUUCUACUUUAAUAAAAGGAUCUCCAAACUUUUUAUUAUGUCAAGAACAGGAAGUCAUUCCGCUACUGAUAUCAUUGUAUGCAACUGACGAAAAUGAUCCCAAGUUACCAACUUUCCCUGAAGUAUUGUUAUGUUCUGAAGAAACAACUGUAGAUGAAGUUGAAAGAUUCAUGCUUCGGGCAAUGACUAUAAUUCCUUCAGAAGCGGAUCCACUCUUUUGUCUUGCUUGCGCACAUAAACUGGAUUUGAAUGUUUCAAAAGCUCUUGAAACUAUGUAUGGUUUCUUAACUCACGCUGGCCAGUAUGUGAGAAAAAAAUUCCAGCUUGUCAUAAUAUCAAGUGAUCCUCAACAUUACAUUACAGCUCUCUUUGAUAAGUUCCAAAUUGAAAAAAUUCCUUCAUUUGAAGAAAAGAUACUCUCUGAAUAUGUAUCUUCAAAUAUGUCUAAUGACACUUCUGCAAAUGGUCGUUAUGCUCAAGUUGUCCAAUCUAUAAGAUCUGGUGUUGGUAAAUCACUCUAUGUGAAAAAAAUCUUUGAAAAUGUUGAAAAAAACACGUCGACCACAACUAUUCGUCUUCUGGAGAGGCAUAUCAAUAUUGAAAAAGUUAUUAAAAGACUCUACAUGGAUAUUCAACACAAUGAACAGAAUCAAUUGAUACAUUUCGAUCUAACGCCAGCUGUUGAAAUUGGAAUUGAAAAGUUCAUGUUUGAUCUUCUUAUCUUGGGUAUGAUUACUGAUUCUACAGGAAAGGUAUGGAGGUGUCGACAAGAGCACUCAUAUUACAUUGAAAUGAAAAAGCGUCCAUCCUGUGCUGUUGGCUAUUCUCAUACACUGGAACUUCUUCCAAGCAUUGAGUGCAUUUCACCUGUGCAGGUUGUUAAGAACCUUGCAAAUCAUAUUUCUGACAAUAAAGUUAUAGUGGAUAUUGAAGAGCUCAAUUCAGAUAUUUUCCAAAGGCCUUAUUAUUAUCUACAACGUCAUGAGAAAAAUGAAGAUAUUACCGAAAAUUACGCUCCAAACUCAGAAUCACUAAAUCAGUCAGGUUAUGGAAAAUGUGUUGAAGUACUAUUACGACAUUGUGGAAUGAAUAAUCCCUCAUGGGGACAAAUGAAACACUUUGUUAGCUUUCUCAACACCCAACUUGUCAGUUGUGAAGAAUCUGUCUUUUGUCAAAUGAUGGAACAUGAAUUGAAAGGUCUGAAAAACUUAGCUGUGAAAUUUAUGAUAAGGAUGUCUCAAGAUUUUGCCACACCUUCUCUUUAUAUAUCUGACGAAAGUGCCAACGAUGGAGAUGACCAGGAUAUAUUUGAAGCUCAUCAACUACGUAGAAAAUGGGAAGAAUAUGAGCAUCCCUAUGUGUUUUUCAAUGACGACGGGGUUUCUAUGAGUUUCAUUAAUGUCAACAUUGAUAAAUAUGGCAAUUUACUUGAUAAAAACCAACAAUUAGUGCAGGAAGGAAUAACUACCCCAGACCUUGUUGCUGGACUUGGUGCACAAGGUAUUGAACUUGGACACAACUUUCACAAACUUUCAAGGACAGAGAUGAUCAAGAAACUCUGUUUAAUAAUGGGAGUUAAUAAUCCAGAUUCUAAAACUGUUUUUGAUCCUGACCCUUCGUAUGAGUUGACAACUGAUAAUGUUCUCAAAAUGAUCGCUAUAUAUAUGAGAUUCAGAUGUAAAAUUCCUGUGAUCAUCAUGGGAGAAACUGGAUGUGGAAAAACUAGAAUGAUUGAAUUCAUGAACAGUUUAAUGAUGGGAAAGAAAAAGGAAGGAAAUCAAAUGCAGACCUUGAAAAUACAUGGGGGAAUUGGAGUUGAGGAUAUUCAUAAAAGUGUCAACGAGGCUCUGAAUAAUACAACCAUGGUACCAAACAAAAUGAAAAUCUUAUUUUAUGAUGAAGCAAAUACAACUAUAGCAAUUUAUGCUAUCAAAGAAGUCAUGUGUGACUUGACCAUUGAUGGAAAAUCAUUUGAAGAAUCAAAUAUACAGAUUGUAGCAGCAUGUAACCCAUACAAGCAAUUAUCACCUGAAGCUAUUAAAAAGUUGGAAUCAUCAGGGCUUGGUUAUCUUGUUUCUUCGAAAGAUUCGAAUAAAUGUGUUGGAAAUAUUGCCAUGCGUACACUGGUGUAUAAAGUUGUUGCUCUCCCUCCCAGCAUACAACCAUUUGUUUGGGACUUUGGACAAUUAUCUGAUGAGACAGAGCAGAUUUAUAUUGAAAAAAUGACAGAUAAGCUAAGCUCGGAACUUGCGGUAACCAUUGAAGAUAAAGCUACAAUUAAUUUGGUUCUCUCGAGAGCUCAAGCUUAUAUGAAGAAACAGGAAGAUGAAUGCAGAUAUGUAAGUCUUCGAGAUGUUGAAAGAACACUAAAACUCUACAAGUGGUUUUUCAAGAACAAAGAAAUUUAUCCCAAGAUUCAAGACAUCUUGAAAAAGAGAAGAAAAAACAGACAGCCAGAUUCUCAAACAAUCAAUAUUUCAGAUAGUUUACGUUCUCUUCUUUAUGCUAUUGACAUCACAUAUCAUGUAUCUUUAGAAAAAAGACAAAACUUCAGGAUGGAAUUGUCUCAUGUAUUGGAACAAAUAAAUAUCCAUUUAUCAUCUUUUGAAAUCAAGGAGGAAUUCGUUUCUUGUCAAACACUAUUUCAUCGUAAUUUGAAAAGUAUGGAAAAUGUGGCCUGGAAUGAAGCUCUGUGUGAAAAUGUGUAUCUCAUGACAAUCUGUGCAGAUGCCAAGCUUCCUCUAUAUCUAGUCGGAAAACCUGGUAGUUCUAAAUCACUAUCGAAAACAAUUGUGGAAGCGAAUAUGAAAGGUUCAUCGUCUACUUCGAGUCUUUAUAGGAGUUUAAAGAAGGUGGAAUUUUUGACUUUUCAAUGCAGCGCUCUAACUGAAGCAAGCGGAAUAGAAAAAAUUUUUUCUUGUGCGGCAGAGCGCCAAAAGAAUAAAGAUUUAAGUAAAUUUGGUACACUUGUGGUCCUUGAUGAAAUAGGUCUCGCUGAGGACUCUCCAAAUAUGCCUCUUAAGAUCCUGCAUCCAUUGUUGGAAUGUGGAAGUGCAUGUAGUGGAACACUUACUGAAUUUGAUGAGGACAAAAAAGUUGCUUUUAUUGGAAUAUCAAACUGGGCUUUGGAUCCUGCGAAAAUGAACAGAGGAAUCUUUGUUUCAAGAAAUGUACCAAGAGAAGAUGAUCUUUCUCGUACUGCUGAAGGCAUUUUUGAAGGAAGUCAAAACAAAGCAAAUGAAUAUCAUUCAGUCUUGGAAAAAUUGACCAAGACAUAUCUUGAUAUUUAUCAACAUCAGAAUAUCCUGUAUUUUGGUUUGCGUGAUUAUUAUAGUCUUAUAAAAAUGCUUUGCAAGAUGUCAAAAGAAGAUCGCAUUUUAAAUAAUCAAGAUUUUGCUUACAUGCUUUUAAGAAAUUUUAGUGGAGGAGAUUGUGCACAUUUGCAAAAUUUGAAAGAUGCUGCUUUGAAACAUUUUUCACUGAAAGAAGAUUUUGUAUCUGCCGUCAGUUUGAAAAGUUUGAUUGCUGACAAUCUUCAAAGUUUUCAUAGUCGUUUUCUUUUGCUCUUGACAUCGGAUCAUUCUUCUGUCAAUCUAUUACACCACAUUAUGCCAGAUUUCAAUACCUCUGUAAAAGUGCUGUUUGGAUCUAGUUUUCCAGGAGAUAACUCAUACACCUGGUUUUGCAGAAUCAUAAAUCGCAUUAAAGUGUGUAUGGAAACUGGGCUAACAGUUGUACUUUUGAAUAUGUCCAAAAUCCAUGAAUCACUCUAUGAUGUCUUGAAUCAGCAGUAUGUGAAAUUUGGUGGACAAAACUAUGUAGCCAUAGGUCUUGGGUCUCACAGAGUUUGGAGUCGCAUACAUGAUAAUUUCAGAAUCAUCAUAGUUGAAAAGAAGGAAAUAGUGAGAGACAGAUAUCCUAUAGCACUUAUCAAUCGCCUGGAAAAACAUCACCUGGUAGGUAUGAGCUUAUUGAGCGAAAAGCAGUGUGCCUUGUCUAAAAAUCUUCAAAAAUGGUGCCAAACAUUUUCCACAAUAAACAAAUUCACUUUGGCUGAUGCAUUUGUGGGAUUUCAUCCAGACACAACCAGUUCAGUAAUUUUGGCUCAUGAUGAGAUGGAAGAAACUAACAUUUUCAAAAAAGUCAUGUUGAAUGUUGCGACAGCAGACUCUGUUUUUAGACUUUCCAAAACAAGAUUGAGUGGUACUGAAAAAAAAGAACUACUCCAGAUUUAUAUGGAAACGCAAACACAUGACUGUUUGUUUAAUCUGUUGCAGAAUACAAUGAACAAUGGCCCGGCAAAAAUUCAAGUUUUUGAAAUUGUAUCUUUCUCUAAUAUUCUGACUGAAGAAGACAGAAAAAAACUGGAAACCAAACUUGAUCUAGUGGAUAAUAGUAUUAUGUUGCUGUCAUUGCAACAGUUUAAAGUUCAAGAAGACUACACAAAAAAGCUGAAUGAUUUUUUUGUAAGAUGCAUGAAAAAUUCAAAAGAUACAACAAAACAAAAUGUUGCAAUCUUACUAAUUCAAAUUUCAAAAGCUUAUAAAUAUGGAAAACUUGUAGAAUGUGCAAAACAUCAUUUUAUGAACAACGUCACUCAAAUUUCUGAAGACAGCCUUCGGGUUAAAAAGGUUUUAAUUGGGUUCCUUCUGUCAACAGAGCGAGGCAUUGAUCAGAAAUUCAAUGAUGACAAUACCCUGAUACUUCAACAUACAAACAAAUACAAAGCAGUAUACGUUGAUGAACUGCGCCAUUCAGAAAAUAAUACAAAUACCACACUUAUCAGCAGUGUGUAUAAGAAGAGUAUUGGUAAUAUUUUGUUAGAUGGCAAAAAUAUGCUUUGUACUGAAAGCAAUGACGGUCGGUCCCAUAUAAUUUGUCUUUUGCAGGAUUGCAUAUGUGAGUCAAUGUCACAUCUGACAAGUCAGGAAAAUGGUAAUGGAAGAGAGCUGCAGUGUAUUGAAAUACUUCAACAACUUUUUAUUGGUCAGUCAUUAGAAAAUAUUAGCAAAGGAUUCUUACAAAUUCUAUUUGAAAAGAUGAUUACAUUUGAAAGCCACCACAGCAAUGAUAUUAUGGAAUGGUUGACCACAGAAGCUUGUUCUGUUGAAAAAUUGCAGGAAAGUGGAACGUUUGGAAAGGCAAUUCACAUUCGCUUGAAGCAACGAGUUGCAAAUAUGCUGGCGUAUGUUAUCAGCAUUAUAGAUGAGAACAAUAAUCUCUCUUUACUUACAAGCAGCAAUGAGAAUCGUUCAGGAUGGAGAACUGAAUUGUGGCUACAGCUCUUCAGUAUCAUAGAAAUGAAAAUCCCCAGUGAUAAGAAUGGUGAAUUUGUGGUAAGAACAGCAAAACAUUUGACUGAUAAUUUUGAUUGCAAAUUUCCUUUCAGCUUUGUUAUCAAUGAGAAAUUGAUGCAUUUAUAUGAUUCAUCCAUAAGAUGUGGAAAAGAUGAAAUUUUUUUCUACAAUCUCGUUAAAAGAUCAACUGAAAAAGAAAUUGUCAAAGUGCUUUCAAUGUGGAAUUCUGCUAACAAAUUCAUACAGAUGAUGGAAACAUAUGCUUAUGAUGUAGUCAAAUUUUUAUUCAGGCAUGGUACAAAUAGUCAGACUGAACUUGAUGGAUUGGUGAAAGUUUUGUUUGAAAUUUCGAAACAAAAAUGGUUGGAUUUGAAUAGAUGUGUGAAUGGUAUUUCAAUAACAUUUUUAACUUUCAUGCAACUUUCUGAGGAAAUGAAGAUGAUUUCUGAUAUUUUAAAAAUAAGUUCGGACAUUGGGAAAAAUAUUGACCAGUGGCUUACAGAACAGCAAAAGGCAUCAGAAUUUUUGAUACAUCAGUUGGCACUUGAGGAUUUAUUGGCUUGGGUAAAUAGUGAAGCUGGCAAAAUAAAUGAUGCAGAAAGUUGCAUUGAAUGGCUAAAUCUUAUUUCGAAUAUGAAAAAGACAUUCUAUUCCAUAAUCUCAUCAACUCAUUCUGAAGAAAGAAGAAAAGAUUUGGAGGGGAAAUGGAAGCCUCUUGCAUUACUCGAUAUGCUUUUGAUGAAUCUAUUACCCAAUGUCAAUGAAAUGCAAGAAUAUACAAACUUUGUUAGUGUUGUUGUAAAACAAGCAAUGAGAAUGUUUAAUGGGGUUCAAAGAAUGGGAUUUAAUAGUAUUGAAGUGUUGAAAAUAACAUCUGUUAUUUUGAGAAAAUGUUAUGAGAAUCUGCAGUUGAAUUUCAUGGUGGACUGGAAGAGCCUUGGAUGCAUACCAUGUGGAAAAAUAAUACAAGUACCAAUCAAAAUGCCAUGUGGUGAAUUCAUUUGCAAAGAUUGUGCGCAAAUAGCUGUUUCGCAGGAAAUAAAGCUAUGUCCUCUUUGUCCGGAAAGUUUACCACCAGAUUUCUCCAUUCAUUCACCUUCUCUAACAAAGGUUCACGAGGAUUAUUUGAAAAUUUUUCAAAAAAAGUGUACAAGUUUUUUCCUGGAAUACCUACACAACUUUUGCUUUGAAAUUUCACAUCCAUCUGAUCAUGAGAAGAAAAUAAGGAUUUUUGAAGAUAUAUUUGUAUCAUCUUGUUCUAGAGAACAAAAAGAACUGAAGACAACAGCACUAAAUUUUGACAUUGAGCUGAAAAGCAGUGUCUUUCAACUUUUAUAUAAAAUAUCACCUGAAUUCCUUGAAAAACAAUUUGAUGAGUUGCUUCAAAAUGACAGACUAUUGAAUGAAUCAAUACUUUUAUCAGCAUUGAAAGGUUUUGAAAAUAUUUUCAGUGAUCAGGAUUCAGUAAAAAAUGAUUAUGAUUGGAGUGAACAAUUAUUGCGAGAAUCCUGGAAGCAUUUAUCAGAAAAUAAAGAAACAGCAGUGAGUUUUGAAAUUAUAAAGCAUGUUUCUCAACUUCGAAUUGCUCUAAACCAUCUGGUCAAUUGUAUCCAUGAAUAUAAAUUGAGGAACAUCGAAGAAAUGACUCCAAAAUUGAUUUUAACUUUUGCCGAUAUAUCUAAUAAAUUUGACCCCGUAAUUCUAAAGAAAUUUUUCACCAAAACUUUUUUGAUGAUGCGGGGCAAACAACAGUUAAAGAGUCUUUGUGAUGAUAAACAUGGAACAGAAAUGAUUGUGAAGAAUUAUUUGCAAGAUGUGUUCACUGAAAUAAUUGAUUUUUACAUAAUCUAUGAUGCUGAUUUUAGCGAAAUUAGGAAGGAUUUGGCAAAUUCAAGGCAAACCCAAGAAAAUUUUGACAGGUGGUUUCCUCGCAAGGAAAAUGUAUUGAUGCUCAAAAAUAUUCCAAAGAUUUCGGCAAUUUUACAUAGCAAAAACAGCAAAGCACAAAAAUUAUUGUUUACAAAAUUGCAUCGGCAAUGUCCCUCAAGCUCAUUCUUAAAGGAAUGUAAUGUUUUGAAUGAACUAUCAUCUAUACCAGGAUUGUCAGUCAAUCAAGCUAGCAGCAUCCAACAGCUUGUGCUUCUUGUAAUACACAUUGUUGCUUGCAAACCAUAUCUACUGCAAGAGGAAGCCUUUGCUCUGAUUGCUGAUCCAGCAAGUACUGCAGAUUUAUUCUGGCCAGCUAUGCCUGAAUCGUUACACAAUGCUAUGGAUGGCAUACUACUGGAUGAAGCACCCUACACAUGUCCAAAUGGCCAUGUCUAUUACAUUGGCGAAUGCCGAAGACCCUGGAUUGUGGCAAAAUGUCCAGAAUGUAAUGUUGAAAUAGGAGGCACUUUCCAUGUUAAAUCACAAGGCAAUGAACGAAUGGAUACUGGUAUAAAAUCUCAAUGCGGAUAUCAGCUUCAUUAUGAUAAAAAAGGAGUGGACAAUCCUGGAGAUAGAACUACUGAGCAAGGCGCAGCAACAUUGCAAUUCAUAUUACACUCUUGCAUGCUUUUUGCCAUGAAUAAGAAUCCUGAUAUUAUUUUAAGAAUGAUUUGUGAAAGUAAUGUUAAGGAAGGUCAGAAUUUUUUGAUGAACAAAUUGAUGAGUAAUUUGGAGAGUUUAUCACAGCAUCUAGGUAGAAAUGUUGAUGAUGGAAUUUUGGUUCUUCAUUUAAUUCUAAAAAGAAUAAUAGAUGAAGGAGAAAAUCUUAAUAUGACAAAAGAACAAUAUCCAGACUGGACGACGAUGGAAAAUCGUAAAGAAUGGGAAAAAGAGUUUCAAAUACAUUAUCUUACACCACUUUUUGGGGAGAUGGAAGAAUUACUUGUUGACAUUCAAGAAAAACUUAUUACAGACACAAAUGCAAGCAGUAAACUAAACAGAUUUCUGGAUGAAACAAAAUCAAAUUUCAAGCUUUCUGAGCUUUCAUGUUUUCACCCAUCCCUUUGGAAACUGAUCCAACAUUCAAACUCAUCACAUCUACUGCAUUGCAUUGCAGUUUCCACUUCAUCAGGUGAAGUGCUUCAAAAUAUUCUUAAAGCACCAAACUUACACCUUGUACAGCACUUGGAAAUUGUUCUUAAAGUUCAAGGAAUGAUGAUACAAAAAUUUCAGGACACCUAUGAUAUGAAAGAUGUGGAAGGUAUAGCCUUCGUGCAAAUUAGAGAUCAUGAAACCUAUGAAAAUGGAAAGUUGAUCGAUAACUACAUAAAAAUAUGGAACCAGAUGUAUAAAAUUCUGGAGAGAAAAUAUCACAGUAGAAGAAAUAUACAAUACUUGAAAAAGAUAAGUGACCGAAGUCCUGUAACCAUGGCUUUACCAAGCUUGCGAGGAAGAGGAAACUGUGCUAGAUUAUUGACUGAAUACCUUGUUGAUAUACAAAAUGACUUUCUCACGAAAUGCAGACACAUUGUUGGCCGAAUUCCUGAAGUGGAUGUAUCAAAGUUGAAAUCAUCAGAAUUUGUUUGCGUUGACAAACAGAAAGAUUUGCUGCCAUUGAUCCAACUUCAUACUGCUUAUACUGUCAGAGAAAAUGGAAAUGGACGUCAACAUUGCAUCACUUAUAAUAUUGAUGCACUGGAAAAACUGGCAAAAGAAAGAUUUGUAGCUUAUAAGAAAAUGAUUAAAAAGAAGACCUUACCAUGUAUCAAGUAUGCUCAAGAUUUUGGAAUAGGCUCUGAUUGGGAUGUGGUGAAAAAUAAUGUUACACAGAUACCUUUACCCGGACCAAUGUCGAAUGAAGUUGAAGAGAUGUUUCAACAAGUUACUUUGGCAGAUGUGUGUGAAGGAGUUAGAACUCUAACUCAAGCUAUCAGUUUUCUUGCUAAGAUACAAGCUGAAUCAACAAGGAAACUUCGAGAUUACUUGGAAAAUGAUCUUAUGCUUUCAUCGUCUCAUUUGUUAAUGAUUCCAAAAUCAGCCCAGAUACAACAUGCUCUUGCUCUGUAUCAGAAACUAUCUUGUCACAAGGCAGUCAGUUUUGUGCAACAAGGUCUCAAUCCAUACAAAGAAUCACUUCAAGAAGUUGAACAAGUAGAAAUUGAAGAUCAGGAAACUUUGAGAAGUUUGAAGGAAGCUUUCGAGCAUACUGAUGUUACUUCCCUUCAGCAGCAUAUCAAUGAAAUGUUGAUCAAAGUUCCAGAUUUUAAACCUUUAUGGAGUUUGAUCUACAUUUUUCCUUCCUUGGAGUUUAUAGAAGACUAUCCAUCCAGUUCCUGGUAUGAAAGAAUACCUGUCGAAGUUCGUUUUCAGCAUGUAUCACAUUUGUUUCGUUUAACAGUCCUGGGAUUCAAUUCUUUAACAUGAACUUAAUAUACAGACAACUCAAUCUAAUUUGUGUAGAUGGUUUUUAAUCAGAUUCUCAACUGUUUUCAGAACAUUCACGAAUCACUUGUAAUAUUAAAAUGUUUAAUGGUAAUACUUUUCCUUAUUUGAGGUUCAGAAAUGUGAUUCAAUAUUUACUUUUUGAUAUGUAUUAUAUUAAGCAUGCGAUUCAUGUCAACUGAUAUUAUUUUCAGAAUAUCCUAAACUGUACCAUGUAUUACCCGGAUUUAAAAGAUAUGUAAUAAAAUGUCAACAUGUCUGUUGUAAUCUUGUAUAUAUUUAUUUCAUCAUGCAAGUCUAUCCAAGUAUAAUAUUAUCAUUAAUUAAAGUAUGAAGUUCCAAAAGUAGCGGGACAAAUAACCGUAAAUGUUAUGUUUGUAUCGCCCUAAAUUUAACUUUCUAGUCCCCAGCUGUAUAUUCUUAAUCAUUGUUAGUAUUGUUUAGAGCAGUGUUUCCCAACAUUUUGCUGCAUUUUUCCCUUUGUCUAUUUCUAUCCAUUGUCCCUGCUAGAUCAAAGAAAUAAAAUACACAGUCACAGUUGAACAUCCUAUUCAUAGACUAAUGUGUUAAAUUUAUUGUAAUAUUUGAAUAUUGAUAAUUUACCAAUGCAAUAGUGUAUAAAAAUAUGUAACCAACUGCUUAUUUUGGUCACAAAAUCUGUGGUAAUACCCUCAUAGCUAUUUUUAUGUCACCAAGCAUGAAAACUCGUUAGUUGUUUAACAUAAAAAUGGAACAUUAUCUCUUGAAAUGCAAGAGAAUUUACAGCCAGUUGGGAAAGACUGGUCUAGAGAAUUUAGCGAUUAUCGUUUUAUGCUCACUAAUUGUAUAAAAAUAUAUAUUCAUCACAUUUAACUGCAUGAAAAAUGAAUUGAAAAUAAUUAAUGUAUAUUCGUUUGUGGA